AUGCAGGUGGUUAAGAAUAUAAACACUUUAAAAUACUGUGUUCUGUUCUUUCAGGUUUACACUAUCAACUUGGAAUCUCGUUACUUACUAAUACAAGGAGUUCCUGCGUUAGGUGUCAUGAAGGAAUUAGUUGAACAAUUUGCAUUAUAUGGUGCCAUUGAUGAGUAUCAUGCUCUAGAUGAAUAUCCAGCAGAGCAGUUUACCGAGGUUUAUCUUAUAAAAUUCCAAAAACUGCCAUGUGCAAGGGUGGCCAAGAAAAAAAUGGACGAACGAAGUUUCUUUGGUAGCUUGCUGCAUGUGUGCUAUGCUCCAGAAUUUGAAACAGUCCAAGAAACGAGGGAGAAGUUGCAGGAUAGAAGAAAGUAUAUAGCAAAAGCAACAAAUCAGAGAGAUUGCUUUGUCGCAAAGAAAGUAGAGGGGCCUAAGACACCCAUCUCAAAGAACUCGGCAUACGACUGUCAGCGGACUACAUCAGAAUCCUGUGCAGCUGGUAACUGGGAUCCAUUUCCUUGCUUUCCUAAUUCUCACACAGCAUUACAAAACAGAGGAUAUCCUUCUGGGAUUCAUAAUCAGAGCCAGUUUAUGUUUCUCCAGAAUGACAGUAACUGUGCUGAAACUUCUGGGUACUUUGGUCAAAGCAUGUCCUUAACUCAAAAUGUACAGCCAGGAGGACAUACUCCACCAAUUUCUUCAGUACAGCAAAGAGCAGUUCCGACUGAUAAUGGAAUUGACAGGUUUCUACCUCGUACAACUCAUCUACAAGAACGUAAGAGGAGGAGAGAGGAAGGUAACAAAUUUGCCCUCAUGGGAAUAUAUACAGACAGUACUGAAGUCGUUAUUGGUCCACAGUUACCAGAAGUACCUAAGGUGGAUAUGGAUGAUGAUUCUCUGAAUACUUCAGCUACGUUAAUUCGAAAUAAACUGAAGCAGGUGGCAUAUUCUGUUUCAAGGACAUCUGUGGAAAAGCCAAAGGCUAGUUCAGCUAAGCCACUUCUAAAGCAGAGAAGAAGAAUAUAGAUACUGCUGGCAGCAUCUUCCUACCGUCGUCUUUAAAGGAUAGCUUAAAUAUAUAUGUAUUUUUGGAAUGUCAAAAAUAAUGUUUUAUACUGUAUUUCAAAGCAAUUCCCUGUUAAAAUUGUAUAUAUAUUUUUUUCUUGGGAUGAACAAUUACAGUAAUGUUACUUACAUAGCUGUAGCAAUCUUGUCCUGUGUGCUUCUCGUGAAAGAACUGUAUUUACUUAAUGUAAGCAACCUCUAUUUAUUCAGUAGCUUUUACAGUAAAGGAAUAUUAACAUUUA